AUGAAGAUGCAGAGGUGGAAAGAAGCCCUUACAGAAGUGGUUGGUUUGUUUGGGUUCACUUUAGGAGAUAGGUAUGAACCUAAAAUUAUUCAAAAAAUUGUUCAAGAGGUUUUAAGGUCAAUAAAUGGUAAAUAUUUAAAUGUUUCCAAGCAUCCGGUUGGAAUUGAGUAUAGAGUACGGGAUGUCCAUAAUAUGCUUCUAAGUGUGGGAGUGAAUGAUACACGCAUACUAGGUAUAUUUGGAAUUGGUGGAGUUGGUAAGACUAGUCUCGCUAAAGCAAUCUACAACUCAUUUAUUGAUCAGUUUGAAGGUAGUGGCUUUCUCGCAAAUGUUAGAGAAACUUCAAAGCAAGAGAAUGGCUUAAUUCAAUUGCAAGAGACAUUUCUUCGAAAAAUACUUGGAGAAAAAAGUUUGAAGGUUGAAAAUAUUGAUGAUGGAAUCAAUCUCAUAAAGGAGACGGUUUGUGGCAAAAGGGUUCUUUUACUUCUUGAUGAUGUGGAUCAGUUGUUCCAAAUUAAUAACUUACUUGAAGAAUGUGAUUGGUUUGGUUUUGGAAGUAUAAUCUUUAUAACAACAAGAGAUGAACAUUUAUUAACUAGUUAUAAUGUUCAUUUACGACAUAAGGUGAAGGAAUUGAAUCACGACGAAGCUUUUCGCCUGUUUUGUUGGAAUGCCUUCAAAAAUGAAAAACCUCAUAAUGGUUUCGUACAAAUCACAAAAGAUGUGAUUCGCUACAAUGGGGGUCUUCCAUUGGCUUUAACAGUGCUAGGCUCAUAUCUACAUAAUAGAGACAUUCAUCAUUGGAAAAGUGCUUUAGAGAAGUACAAAAGAAUUCCUCACAAUGAUAUUCAAGAAAAGCUUAGGAUAGGCUAUGAUGGUUUGGAAGAAAAUGAAAAGUGUAUUUUCCUAGACAUUGCAUGUUUCUUUACAGGAGAGAAAGAAGAAUAUGUUACUAAAAUACUUGAUGGUUGUGGUUUCUUUCCAAAUAGCGGUAUCAAAGUACUAAUGGAUAAGUCUCUCAUAAUCAUUGAUGAGAGUCGCAAAUUAGUCAUGCAUGACUUACUCAAAGAUACGGAUAGAGAAAUUGGAACAAACAAAAUUCAAGGCAUAUUGAUAGAGUUGCCUGAACAAGAUUUUAUAAAGUUGAGCCCUGAAGCUUUCUCGGAGAUGAAAAGGCUUAGGAUAUUUAUAAAUCGUAAUGCAAACUUUACAAGAAGGCCUAAUUAUCUCUCUAAUGAGUUGAGACUGCUUGAUUGGCAUGGAUAUCCUAGUCAAUCUUUCCCAUGGAACUUCCAUGGAAAUAAACUCAUCAGUUUAAUAAUGGAAGAAAGCUUGAUCAAAGAAUUGGGAAAUGGAAUGAAGAACUUUCAGAAUUUGAAAACUAUGAAAUUUGUUAGUUGUAGAUUCCUAACAAAAAUUAUUGAUGUGUUGGGACUCCAGAGUUUAGAGGCAUUGCAGAUUGAGCGUUGUGAGAACUUGGUUGAGAUACAUCAAUCUGUUGGGUUCCUUGAUAAACUCGACAAUUUGAAAAUUAACAAUUGUCAGAGCCUUGCUAGUUUUCCAAGAUCCCUAAAAUUGAGAUAUUUAAAAAGUCUUGAUCUUCGUUUUUGCAAAAGGCUAAAAAAGUUUGCUGAAAUUGAGAGUGAAAUGAAAUGUUUGACAAUUGUUCUAUUAGCAGGCACUACUAUAUAG